AUGGCGGCGCGGGGCCGUGGGCUGCCCGGGUCCCCGGUCACCACCCUGGCGCUGGAUAUGAACAACCUGGCGGGGCUGGGCAGGCACUGGGACACCCCGAAGCGGAGGGCGGCGGGGCUGUCCUUCCAGAGCCAGCGGUCCAGCCUGUCCCAGGAGUCGGUGGCCUCGGUCUCCUCCCGGGACUCCAUCUCUUCCGAGUCCUCGGACAUGGGAGUGGGGCUGGACUCCCCCAUGCAGGAGGACCCCGCAGCGCUGGAGGAAGUCUUCGAGAAAGCGAUCCCGGAGUCCGGGAGGGUUCUCAAGGACAAUAAGUUCCUUAUCCGGAGGAUCCACUCGCUGCCGCCGCGGCUCCUGGGGGCCAGCCCGGUCCUGAAGAACAUCUCCCACUCCUGGGAGUUCAAUGACUGCAGGGCCAGUGAGCAGAGGGACCGGAGGGAGCCUGAGGACAAGGAGGGGUUUGUCUUCAAGAAGCCACAGAGGCCGGGUCAGCGCAGCCAGCUGCCCACUGGUGAUGGAGCUGUGGGAAGGGACCCCUUUGCCCGGAGACCCGGCUCUGCGCCUGACCUGCUGUUUGACACCCCCGAGAAGGAAAAUGUCCCCGAAGGCCAGAGCCCCGUCAUACUGCGCCAGGGCUCCUUGACCUCCUCCAUGUCUGAGGAGGAAGAUGAUGGCUUCGUGGAGAUCCUGCAUGAGGAGGAGAUGAAGAGCGAUGCCAGUGUGCCACAGGGGAUGGAGAACCUGCUGACUGCACCGCUGGUGAGGAAGGAGGAGGCAGAGCUGCGUCUCGUGAAGCGCAGCAAGUGCCGGCAGCUUUUCCGCUCGCCCUCGAUGCCCACCAGUGUCAUCAGACCUAUCCUGAAGCGGAUAGACCGGCCCCAGGACAGGGACACCCCUGUCGAAACCAAGCGGCGGAGGAGUGUGGCUAGUACCCCCAGCAAGGAGGCGGCGGCAGAGCCGAAACCGUGGCUGUUGCGCUCCAGGUCCUUCUGCCAUGAGGAGAUUGAGAACCUGCUGGCCAACGACCACCGGGAACUCAUCGGGGACUUCUCCAAGGCUUACCUCCUGCAGACAGUAGAGGGGAAACACCAGGACCUGAAGUACAUUUCCCCUGAAAUGAUGGCAGCAGUGCUGACGGGGCAGUUCAGCAGCCUCAUCGAGAGCUGCGUGAUUGUGGACUGCAGGUACCCCUACGAGUACGAGGGAGGCCACAUCAAGGGUGCCAUCAACCUGCCGAUGGAGCAGGACAUGGAGGAGUUCCUGCUGAAGAAGCCCAUCGUGCCCUUUGAUGCCAGCAAGAGGGUGAUAGUCAUCUUCCACUGCGAGUUCUCCUCUGAGAGGGGGCCCAGGAUCAACCGGCGGAGUGGAGGAAGAGGGAUCGACUCCGCCUUCCCCCCUGCCACGUGA